CCCGCAUGUAAACAAGGUCAGACACUGCAGCAGCCAGCCAGCCAGUCAGUCCCGACGCUCCUCCGGCUCCGCUUCCAGUCGCUCCUGCAGGAGGAGGACACUAAAGCUUUCCCACCCAAUCAUCCCAGGGAGGAAUCCAGCACAGAUCUACCAUGAUGCUGCAGUGUUUCCACUUCAUGGUGGAGCCGGCCAAGAACAUAACGGUCAAGCUCAAGGAAUCUCGCAAGAGGGCACAGAAUGAAAAUAGAGAGCCGUUGGAGGAGAACCAACUCUUCAUUGUGGAGCUGGCGAGGGACCUCAGUCGAGUGUGCCAGAAGUCCGAAGUUCUGGAGAACAUCUGGAACCUGGAUGACACCUGGCCCACUCCUGUCUGCAGGGCCUUCAUCUUAGAGUGGGCCUCAAUGCUGGAGAGCAAGAAGAGGCCAAUGCAGACGGAUGGUUGGCCAGAGAAUGUGGAGGUUAAAGAUCAGGACCUGGCUGAUGAGCAGGACAUGCACCAGGCCAAGAUGGUGAUCCUCAACUGGACCAAGGACCUCAGAGCCCAGCCUGAGCAAAGUGUGUGGCCUGGCGAGCCCGUGGCGAAGGUUCUGGACGAUCUGCAGUCCGCAUGGCGGUGGGGCCGCGUGCCCACCCUGGUGACUGCUAUGGAGCUGGUUAUGUGGACGUUAAUGUCGCAGUGCCUGGAUAAGGAGACCAUACCCCAAAAAUGGCUUAUGUGGAAGCAGAGGACUAAGAAGAUUGCUGCGAUCCAUUACAUCCCUCACUCAGUGUGGGAGUGGAUUGUGGAGGCUGCAGUGGAGGUGACGCUGGACCUGGACACAGCCAACCCCGAUCUGCUGAUCUCCAACGACGAGAAGAGGAUGCGCUGUGGCUUUGAGAGGAAGGAUGUGCCCAACUACCACCAGCGCUUCGAUGGCUGGUGGUGCGCUGUGGGCGUGGAUGGCUUCAAGACCGGCCGCCACUACUGGGAGGUGGAAGUGGGGGAGCAGGACUGGCGGCUGGGCGUGGCCAAAGAGUCGGCGCUGAGGAAGGGGUUCAAGUCCCUGAACACUAACACAGGCUACCUGACCCUGCGCCUGGAGAGGGGCACCGAGCUGAAAGCCCUGACUGUGCCCUUCACCGCCUUGCCCCCGGGCCUCAUUCCCCGCAAGGUGGGCGUCUACCUCGACUACGACCGGGGCCAGCUGUCCUUCUAUGACGUGGAGAGCCGCGCCCACAUCUAUACCUACAACGAGAGCUUCACAGAGAAGCUGUUCCCCCUGUUUGGCACAGUGGAGAUUGUAAAGGACCUGGUAAUCCGGUCCCCAAUGCCCCGAACCCACUGUCUAUGCCCCACGACCUGCCUCUGGGGUUGAGCCAUCUCUACCUUUGCACAUUCCUCGUGAUUCCUCUCUCUCGAUCACUCCAGUAGACAAACAUCAGUAUGUACAAAAAGUGAGUCCCAUGUAAUUACAGGGAGUAAUCAGAGAUCUAUAACGACAAAAGAUAAUCAUCAUGCUAUCGGAUAGCAGCUGUAUGUGAAGCCACCCUCAGUGCUACUGCUUCGACGUGAUUGUUCCCGCCUCUCCCUCACUAGUUCUAGUGUUGCUCUGUGCUCACAUACGUGCUGUGUUUUCACACAUCGAAAAGAAUACAGCGUCGAAGCCAUGUAUUGUGCAAUAUUAAUCCUGCAGUAACAAUGCACUUUCUGUGAAUAAUGAAUAAACCAA